UGGUUCUGCUUCGGAAUCAAACCCUGGCGUAAGUUUCAUUUUAUUACGUUUCACAGCAAAAGGCGAGUGCCGAGAAGUCUGCAAACAUGGUGUCCUUGCAGACUAUUGCAAGUAUAGUGAUCAAAGUGCUAAAGUUGGUUAUCAACCUCAUCAUACUGAUCCUCUAUCGUACAGGAUACGGUGGCGAGUUUCUAGGCGUCGGUGGAACCUGGAAUUUGAAUGAAGACAAGAAUCCCGAUGCCGAGAUCGUCGCUUCCGGCGUAUUCGUCGGAUUCUUCAUCUAUACGAGUGUCGUCCUCAUGAGCUACUGUUUUGGCAAUUCCGACCACAAAAAGACUCUUGUUGAAAUCAUCAUGAAUUUCGUUGGGACUUUCAUGUUUGUGGCUGUGGGUGGAACAGCUUUACACUAUUGGCAUGGCUAUCAACCUGAGCAAAAAUUCAUAUAUGAUGCGCCAGAGAGGCAGAUCGGCUUGGCCGUGGGCUCUUUGUGCGUUAUAGAAGGUGCAGCAUAUUUGAUUGAUUUAAUAUUAAGUUUUCUUCAUUACGCUAAGGAAGAAUUUCAAUAGAACGAAACUAAACAUUAUUUUAAAAUUUACCAAAAAUUUUCUGUUUCAUUCCAUCAACGCCAAUUCAUGUUGCAACUAACAAUAUAUACCAAAGAAAAGUUUCACAUAUUAAAUUCUAUUACA